GACAAACACUUCACGGGGUUCAUAUUCUUGUAUCAAUAUUUGAAUUUGAACUCAUGCACUAGUAUCUCCUCUUCCUGUUCUUCUCCUUCGUCCUCUUGUUUCUUUUUAACACCCAUACUGUUUCCAAAAUCAGUCUUGCAAGGAUCUCUCGGUCGAUCAAAAUCUCUCAACGGAAUCCAGCGAACCACUCAGCUACUGCCCUAUAAAACAUAUAUCAGGCCAUCAAAAGAACUCUGGAGCUGACAUUCCUUGCCAUACACUGUUAUAAACCAUGUCAUUUUCUACUCUUGUUUCCGACCUGGCCUUCAGAGACGCUGUCGACGAUCGGAGUUCACAGAUAUCGCAUGCACGGUCACAAGCGACUGCUCGAUCACACACAAGUACUGCUGCAACAAGUGUGAGCAUAUCUGGCGAUAUCUCAAGCCACCUCCAUGCUGGUUACAGCCACCCAUUGAGCCGGUCAUGGCAAGCCGAAAGGCAGCUUACCAAGGAAAUGCUGAUAUAUCCGUUGUUCAUAACUGAUAACCCGGAUGAAGAGACUCCUAUACCGUCACUCCCUAAUCAGUAUCGCAGAGGACUAAAUCGUCUUCUUCCUUUCCUUAAACCCCUUGUUCACAAAGGUUUACGCUCAGUGAUGCUGUUCGGAGUCCCACUGCAUCCUUCUGCAAAAGAUGCUCUGGGAACUGCUGCAGAUGACCCUUCUGGCCCAGUCGUUCAGGCUAUCCGUCUCCUUCGAUCGCGCUUUCCCCAGCUUUACAUUGUAACGGAUGUGUGCCUUUGUGAAUACACGUCGCACGGUCAUUGCGGAAUACUCCGGGAGGAUGGAACACUCGACAAUGCGCAGUCUGUUGAUCGCAUUUCAGACGUUGCCCUCGCUUAUGCUGCUGCUGGUGCCCACUGUGUUGCUCCGUCUGAUAUGAACGACGGAAGAGUGCGUGCCAUCAAGCUGAAACUCAUUGAGGCCGGAAUUGCCCAUCGGGUCCUCCUAAUGUCAUAUGGGGCGAAAUUUAGUGGCUGCCUGUAUGGUCCUUUCCGCGACGCUGCAGGCUCGUGUCCUUCAUUCGGAGACCGGAGAUGCUACCAACUACCCCCUGGAGGCCGAGGUUUGGCUCGACGUGCAAUGCAGCGCGAUAUUGGUGAGGGAGCAGACAUCAUAAUGGUGAAGCCUGCGGGUAGUCACUUGGAUAUAAUACGCGACGCCAAGGAGCUCGCAAGCGAUCUCCCAAUUGCCGCCUACCAAGUGAGUGGGGAAUAUGCCAUGAUACAUGCUGGUGCUAAAGCCGGUGUUUUUGACCUGAAAUCAAUGGCAUUUGAAAGCACUGAGGGUAUCCUCAGGGCAGGCGCCGGGAUUGUAGUGAGUUAUUUUGUUCCAGAAUUUUUGGACUGGCUCUAGCAUGUGUAAGUAGAGUUGGCCUGCACUUUGGUUGGCUUUCAUCCAAUAGUAAAUUGUAAAGCCCCGGACUUUCGUGUUAGCUUCUAUGGCUGUCUGCAAGCUCUGCUUAUGUAUGUUACUGAUGUUAUUUCGUAUCGGCAAUUAACCAUAUGAUGCUCU